AUGGUGCCGGCUGAAAUGGCGCUUCAAAAUCAACCAGCGGUUUACAAUUUUGCACUUGCGAAGAGCAAAGCAUCAGAGUCUGGUGCGAGGCGAACGGCAACCUACAUAGCGUGGAGCGCGGAAGGCGUAACCCGGUGGCAAUCGGUCGUCUCGCUCGACGACGCCCCGAAACGCACCACGAAUUUAUUAAAACGAGGAGAGGAGAGCGGAGGACGAGUGAAAAAAAAACCGCCCGACGGCUACCGCGCUCCGCGUCUCGACGGAACUAGAUACGUGUUCCGCGCGCGAGCGAGAGCCACCGGCGGGGCGGUGCGCGCGAGCGGGACGGACGGCGUUUGGUCGGUGCGCACCGAGGCGGACGGCGCGGUCAUGUGGGCGCUGCCGGUGUUGCGCGCGCGCAGCUACUCCGACGCGCUCGAGUUCCACGCUCGCGCCGCGCCGACCUUUAGCUGG